UUAAUUAAUUAAAUAAAUAAGUAAAAAAUAUUGUAAAUAACUUAAUUAUUUAACUUUAAUUAUUGUCUAUCAAAUAAAGCAAUAAAUUUUACCGCUGACACUUUGCUGUUAACUAGCUGGCUCAGACAAAAUUUCAUUUUUUAUCUUUUGUCAUGUUCGGUGCAUCUGUGGGGAUGUACAAGACAAUAGAUGCGCACUAAUUUGUUUUUUUAACCGAUUUUUAGUCGUGUGCUGUUACCUACACAUGACUCGGAGCACAUGACACGUGUCACCCCUAAAUAAAUAAUACUAAAUCCACCACUAAAUUAUAAUGGCAACACUAAUAUUAUCACUACUAAAUCAUCCAUAAACAUAUAAAUCAACCUUCAAAUCCAUCAUGUGGGUCAUACCCCUCGUGUGCUACACUGUCACGCUAAUUAUUUCCAUAUUUGGGAUCCAAUUCCAUAUAAACUUACUAAGAUAUCCACUUUAUUUCCUGAUUCCUAUAACAUUAGCCGUAUUGAUUCCCUUAUCAAUUAUAUUCUUAUUACCAAUAGAUUAUGUUCAAUCUAAUUAUAUUAGUUCUUCCGAUACAUCAGUGUCACCAUUAAAUUGGUUACAAGAUAAUGUAAUUCUAAUCUUAUGGAAAUCUAAUUAUUGGACAACUUUCUUAUUGACUUGGUUACUUUUACCACAAUUACAAGAAUUUUAUAAAUCUGGUUAUUUCACAUUUAAGGCAAAGAUGUAUGAUUCAUUUAAACAAAAUUUGAAAUUUCAAUUAAUAUUACUUGGAAUUUCUUUAUUAGGAAUUAUAUAUCUUAUACUUGAAGUAGGAUUAACACCUAAUCAUUUAAAAUUAAUGAUUAUUGCUUUAGCUCAUAUUUAUUCUUUAAUAUUAGCUCUUUGGUUAAUGAGUCAUGGUUUAAUUACUAUUCCUAGAAAUAAAUGGAUAGAAGGGAAUGUUAUAAAUAAUUUAAAUCAUCAUUAUAUAAAGUUACCUAAAUUAAUUGAUAGUUUAGAAGAUGUAAAGAUUGAAUUUAAAGAAGAUAUCUUAAAAGUAUUAAUUUUAACGGAAAAUUUUACUUCCAUUAAUAAUCCUCAAGAUUUCCAAUUCAGAGAUUGGAUUCUUCAAUUGAAUGGAUCAAUUCCUAAUGAUUUAAGAGAUUUAGUUAAACGACAAUAUUUUCAUGAAACCACCAAUUCAAAUUCAAUUACUCGAGAUCAAUUAACGUUAUCAUUUAUGAAACGAUUAACCGCAAGUUUCAAUUCCAAUCUUCGGAAAUUCCAAGCUUAUGAAUCAGAAUUUGAAUCAUUAUUUAUAAAAUUAACUCAUUUAGAAGAUAUACUAGAAGCUAAAACUAAUAAUUCUAAACAAUUAAUCUUUAGAGUUAAUAAUUAUCGAGUUUUAUUACUGCCUCGAUUUAAUUUCUUAUAUUGGUAUUAUAUUAGACCCAUAUCUUCUCGAAUCUUAUCAUUGUUUUAUUUUGCCAUGUCAUUUAUUAUAUUACAAUCCGAAUUCUUUCAUUCAACUCGAUUAUCAUUAGUAAAUUUUAUUUAUCAAUCAUUAAGAUUCCCUGUAUUACAAUUCACAUUUACUUCAAUCUUUUUCAGUUAUAUGUUAUUUGCUUCAUUAAAUUCUUUAACUCAAUUAAAGAUAUUUAAUAUGUAUCAUUUAGUACCUCAUAAUUCUGAUCCAGUAUCAGCUUGUUUUUAUACAACUUAUAUUGCUAGAUUAACUAUACCUUUAUCAUAUAAUUUCCUUACAUUAUUUUUAUCUAGAACUUCUCAAUUUGAGAAUUGGUUUGGUCAAUCAAUUCAUUUAACUGGUUUAUUCAAUUUAAUGAAUAAUUGGUUACCUCGAUUAUUAUUAAUUCCGGUAUUAUUAACUGCAUUUAAUAUAUAUGAUAAAUUAAAGAAAAAAAUAGGACUUGGAGAUAUUUAUGAUAAUUGGGUACUAUUUGAUGAUGAUGAUAGUGUUAAUGAACAUGGAAAUGAUUUAGAGAAUUCUGGUAGUGGAAGUAAUAUAAAUAAUAAGAGAAAAGAUUUAAUUAUAGUAGAAGCCAAACGAAUUAUUAAUCGAGAAAUUCAAAGAAGAGAACAUGUGCAUAAUUUAAGACCAUUUAAUUUAUCUGCCACUGGUAGUGUAGAUAAUAUUAAUACAAUUAAUGGUAAUGCUGAUUUAAAUUAUCAAUCCAAUUUAAGAACAUUCCAUGAUUCAUUAAUCAAUAAUAGUGAUAGCAUAAAUAAUAGAAUAGACCAAUCACUUCAUGGUGAUGAUCAGGAACCCUUCUUAUUUGGAAACCAAGACAAUCAAACUCCAUCACCUUCAUUAUGGGGAAGAUUUAAUGGAUUAUUUACAGGAUUUAGAAAUACCAUUGGUGAUAGACUUACUGAACAAUCAUCCCGAGUUGAGUAUCACGAUGAGCCCCUUGAUAAUUUCAACUAUGAUGAAGAUGCCGAUGAGAAUUUGGCUCUCUGAUGGGGGUGUCUAGUUUAUUUAUUUGUGUAUAAGUUAAUAUAAUUUUGCAGCUUAUGCGAUCGGUAAUUAAUAGCCGGGGGAAUGUUAUAUCUCCUGAGUGACUAGACUGGGGACUGUAAUGGCUAACUAAAGACUGUAGUUACCGUAUAGUAUAGACUAGUCGGUAGUGACUUAGUGUAGUACACAACUGUAGACUGUAGACUGUAUCCACUACUAUGUACCUAUAAGUCGCUAAGCCGUUGGCUGUGUCCCACUAAGUCCACUACG